ACCCUCUUACCGUCACUUACGACUGGUUUUACUCUUUCUUACACUCAAAAAAACAAUUACUUUUUCUUUACUUGUUGCUCUAAUAUGACUAAUGCACUCAUAAAUGGCUCAGCAGGUAUCGAGAGCAAAUUCGAGUCUCUCAAUCUCUCGAAAUCGGCCUACGUCCCACCUCAUUUGAGAAAUGCGCAGCGGGCUGCUUCCUCUCCCAAUCUCUCCAAUGGAAACGGCUGGAACGAUUCCCGCAGUAAUACACCCUCUCGUUUUGAGCCCAGAGGCGGCUCCCCCUUUUCCAAUAGAGGCAGAGAUGGAGGUGCCCCCCCCAACUCUCGUGGAGGUGGUGCAACGCACACCAACAACUGGUCUGGGAAUAACAGUAAUGGCAGAUGGGCCUCUCGCGAUGAUCAACCUCGCGAAAACGCUAUGUAUGGCUACGGAGUAUGGAAAGACGGCCAUCACGUAGUCGGCCAGCGUAACAUGCGUAUUGAGAAGGAAAUAUACGGCGACGCCACAGAUCCUUCCAAACAACACACUGGUAUAAACUUCGAAAAAUAUGAUGACAUUCCCGUCGAGGCUACCGGCGCUGGCGUUCCUGAGCCAGUUACGUCCUUUACUAGCCCGCCUUUGGACCCAGUUCUACUGGAGAAUAUUGGAUAUGCCAGGUACGCAACACCAACGCCCGUACAAAAGUAUUCCAUCCCUAUUGUUGCAAAUGGACGGGAUUUGAUGGCAUGCGCUCAGACUGGUUCGGGAAAAACAGGUGGCUUCCUAUUCCCCAUAUUGUCUGCCUCAUUCAGCAACGGACCCCGUCUCCCACCUGCCGACAGCGCCCCAACUUACGGCCGUUCUCGCAAAGCUUAUCCCACAGCGCUUAUCCUCGCGCCCACCCGUGAACUCGUUUCGCAGAUUCACGACGAGGCCCGCAAGUUUGCUUACCGAUCUUGGGUUCGACCGGCGGUCGUAUAUGGCGGUGCGGAUAUCUCCCAGCAGAUGCGUCUGAUCGAACGCGGCUGUGAUCUCCUCAGCGCCACUCCUGGGCGUCUUGUGGAUCUCAUUGAACGUGGCAAGAUCAGUCUUGCCAAUAUCAAAUAUCUUGUUCUUGACGAAGCCGAUCGCAUGCUUGAUAUGGGUUUCGAGCCACAGAUCCGGCGAAUUGUGCAGGAGGAAGACAUGCCUAGUGUCCAGGACCGUCAAACCCUCAUGUUCUCCGCGACAUUCCCUAGGGACAUCCAGAUUCUUGCCAGAGAUUUUUUGAAGGAUUACGUCUUCUUGAGCGUUGGGCGCGUGGGUAGCACGUCUGAAAAUAUCACUCAGAAGAUCGAGUACGUUGAGGACCAGGAUAAGCGCAGUGUGCUACUCGAUAUCCUAGCUUCAGACAAGGAGGCCCUCGGAUUGACUCUCAUCUUUGUCGAGACGAAGAAGAUGGCAGACUUGCUCAGCGAUUUCCUCAUGGGUAACAGCCUUCCAGCCACUUCUAUUCACGGUGACCGCACUCAGCGUGAACGCGAGAACGCUCUUCACACCUUCCGAACCGGACGUACCCCUGUUAUGGUCGCUACCGCGGUUGCCGCUCGCGGGCUCGAUAUUCCCAAUGUCACUCACGUCAUCAACUAUGACUUACCUUCCGACAUCGACGACUAUGUUCACCGGAUUGGCAGAACCGGUCGUGCCGGUAACACUGGUGUCAGUACCGCUUUUUUCAACAAAGGAAACAAGAAUAUUGUUCGCGAUCUCGUUGAGCUCUUGAGAGAGGCGAAUCAAGAAAUUCCCAACUGGCUUGAACAGUCAGCUCAUGAAACAUCGUUUGGCAGCUCUUUCCGCGGUCGUGGCCGUGGAGGAGGAGGACGUGGAGCUCGUGGUGGUGGUCGUGACUACAGAACCGGCGGUGGUGGCGGUAGUGGUGGUUCUGGUGGAAGUUAUGGUGGCUACGGCUAUGGUGGAAGUGGAUACGGUGGUGGAGGUGGUGGAGGUGGAGGCAACAAUGGGUGGUGGUAAAGGACCCGUUCUCCUGGCAGUUCGCUGACUGCAUGCCAGUCAGGCGUUGACAAGCCCAGAAAAAAAAACAUGAUUAACCUAUUCCUCUUUCACGUUGACCCUAUGCCGACCUCAUGAUUUUCCAUCACUCGAUCUUCGACUCUAAUGCGCUGCUCUCAAUAACGACCAUAUCGCCGACUUUGUCUCCAUGCUGCUCGUCAAAUCAACCUGCUAUACAAUGCUAUCUCCCAAGAACCCACAGCACUUGUACUCUUUUAUGUAUCCAUACAAAAGGCGUACAACCCUAAUUUCCUUGAUCGCACCAAAACAUACAAUAUCGACAUCACGAAUGUAAUGCUUCUCAAGAACGUUAGACGUGGGGAGACGUGAGUACCAGCAUGUCAUCUUCUAUAUUCGUUUCCUUUUCUCGUAUCAUCGUCUAUCUCCAUAUCAGUCUGCUUCGUUGUCGCGAUACAUAUACUGCACAUAUUAUACCCAUUCCCAUGACUUCUUUCAUUACAUGUAUUCGUCACUAGUAUUGCGUCGCGGAUUUUUUAGACUGGUAUACCCUACUUUUCCCUCUUAGACAGGGCACGAGACAAUUGUUUUUAGAGCAUCGCAUCGCAUUCACAUCUGUAAUACUAGAGUCUGCAAUCGAGGACUUUUUAUAUUAGUUUUUCCACGAAAUGAAAUGUCUUCAGAUG